UUUCAGCUGCAAGUAUCUACAGAAAUAGAUAAAGACGAUCAGGACAUGUUUAUAGGAGAUGUAGAUGCACUGAUAGGACUGCAGGUAUCACAGUGCCUAUGGGCGUACAAGGGUUAUACAGAAGAGAAAGAGUUAAGGCAAAAGGGUACCGUUUACUGCAAAAUAGAUUUACACGUAGAAUCUUUCGCUAUGUUUCUCACGUCCGACACUGAUAUCAAAGCAUACUAUUUAAAACCCUCAGAGAGACAGGCAUCACUUGUGUUUCCGUGUUUUUUAGUUUCUUCACUUGAUUCACCGAUACGUAUAUGGAAUAUGACGUCUUAACUGUCAUUGAUGCUCCCUGGUCCAUUUUCUGUGCCGAGGUCUAUUUGGAGAGGCCCAUAAAUAUCAACCCUGCCUUUGCAGAUGGACCGGAAGCGGUUUGACACUGAAUCAGGCGUUAAUAAUUUUACGUUCAGCUUUGCCGUAUAGAUACAUUCACUACACAAAAUAAAACCACAACGCGAAUAAAUUCACUGUACACAAG